AUGCAAGACACAGACGAUCGUUUUCGUAUCAAAAAUCAUCCACAUAGAAAGGAUAAAUUUAAUAUCACACAUCAUCGUGAUAAACAUCGUCAUCAUAUCGCCAUUUAUUAUGAGACUCUAUGUCCAGACAGUGUGAAAAUAUUUCAACAACAACUCAUCCCACACAUUGAACAAAUUCAUAAAUGUGCCGAUCUCUACCUCUAUCCGUUGGGAAAUGCAAAUGUAACAUAUGGGAAAAAUUUAUGGCAUGUUGAAUGUCAGCAUGGUCCAUCGGAAUGUCAUCGAAAUCGUAUUCACGCAUGUGCUAUUUAUUUGUACAAACAUUCACUUAAAAAAUAUAAUUAUGAUGACGAUAAACUACUCUUAUGUCAAUAUGGUAGACUAGCACAAUUAUUAGAAUUUCGAAUUGCAAUCAAUACAUUUCUGUUAAAACCAGCUCAUACCUAUGUGCCAUGGAUUGUAUUCAACGGAAGACAUACACCUUUCAGUCAAGAAUUAAAUGGAAACAAAAUGGUACGUCUGGUGUGCAGUCACUCGACAUCGUCUGAAGUGAAAAAAGUCUGUUGUCCGUCUGUUCCAUCGACCCGUCAAUCUGUUCUUAUAACACGACCACAAUCAUUUUCUACUGUCACUCCAAUCGAUUCGUCUUGUUGCAAUGAUCAAUAUAACUGGUCGAGUGGAGCCAAUACUUGGUUAGAUCAUGUUCAAAAUUCGCCAUCUCACCAUUCGCAAGACGAUUUACCCUUGUACAGUACAUUAAGCACAGAAGAACAUGUUAGUAUUGCAGACAAUAUUGAAGAGAAGAUAAGGAUGAUCAUAAAAAGAAAUAAACAGGCAUUGAAAAAUAGAUAUUGUAUGAAACCAAUUAAAAGUCAGAUGGAAAAAACCAAAAGAUGCGAAAGACAAGGCGAAAAAUUUGUAUUUCAUGUUUGA